GUGCCGGCGGCCCCCCGGGAGCGCCGCCAUGGCUGCGGACUCGGAGGUGCUGCACUUCCAGUUCGAGCAGCAGGGCGACGCGGUGCUGCAGAAGAUGAACCUCCUGCGGCAGCAGAACCUCUUCUGCGACGUCUCCAUCUACAUCAACGACACCGAGUUCCAGGGCCACAAGGUGAUCUUCGCCGCCUGCUCCACCUUCAUGCGCGACCAGUUCCUGCUCAACCAGUCGCGGCAGGUGCGCAUCACCAUCCUGCAGAGCGCCGAGGUGGGCAGGAAGCUGCUGCUCUCCUGCUACACCGGCGCGCUGGAGGUCAAGAAGAAGGAGCUCCUCAAGUACCUCACCGCCGCCAGCUAUCUCCAGAUGGUUCACAUCGUGGAGAAGUGCACCGAGGCGCUGUCGAAGUACUUGGAAAUCGACGCUUCCAUGGAGAACGGCAGCCAGGCUGCGGAGAGGUGCCAUUCUUCAGACACGGAGCUGAGACGUAGGGACGAUGUUUUGGAUAAAGAUUGCGAAAUAAUCGAGGUUUCAGAAGAUAGCCCGGCUAAUUUAGAAUUCUCCAUUAAAGAGGAAAAUGGGGAUGUCUCGCAGCCUGCAGCACAGAGCUUGGACUCGGAAAGAAAGGAAACAAAAACCCCAGAAAUAUCAACGGUUGAAAUAGGAUAUAAGGAUGACGAAAUUUGUAUCUUCAGGAUGGACUCUGUGAGUGUCCCUAGCGUAGAAAACGAUCACUUUCCUCAGCCUUGCACCUCCUCUAAAACAAACUUAUACUUUCCAGAAACUCAGCACUCCUUGAUAAAUUCUACGGUUGAGAGCAGAAAUACCGAAACGUCAGGAAAUCACUUCCAGGCUUUUGUCAAUGACAACCCAGAAGGGACUUCGAGUCUGAUGAAUGGGUUUCAAAGUCUGGAUGAUUCCAGUAAUUCAUGGCGGCACCAAUGUCCAAAGUGUCCGAGGGGAUUUCUGCAUCUUGAGAACUAUCUUAGGCAUCUAAAAAUGCACAAGCUCUUCUUGUGUUUGCAGUGUGGUAAAACGUUUACACAAAAAAAGAAUCUCAACAGACACAUCCGGGGGCACAUGGGUAUCCGCCCCUUCCAGUGCAUGGUGUGCUUGAAGACGUUUACUGCCAAAAGUACCCUCCAGGACCACUUGAAUAUACACAGCGGUGACAGACCCUACAAGUGCCAUUGUUGUGACAUGGACUUCAAACACAAGUCUGCUCUUAAAAACACUUAACGUCUGUUCACGGGAGGAGCAGCAGCGAAAAAAACAAACCUGAGUGCUAUUACAAAAAUUAAAAUAGACUAUGAUGAAUAGAUGGAUGGCUGUGGAGCUGGGUUACACCAAAUGCUCCCACCUAGUGAAACUCCAGAUGUUUAACAGAUUCCCACAUAAUGGAGAGAAGGACACAUAUGUGACUGGUGAGCAAAGACAGGUCCUGAGAACAGCGAUCUUGCCUGUUGCAUUGAGGCUGCUAUCGCUGUAAGUGUUCAAAAUGCGUUUACUGUUUGAAAGUAAACCAUAAAAUAGGGGAAAAUGUUUCAUGCCUCUAGUGUCCCUGAAGUAUCUAAUUUUUAUGCAGCUAAUCAUGUUUUGUGCUCCCUUGUUUCAUGGGUGGGCACUGCCGAUUUUCAAACUCUUACUGACAUUGCAAUAAGCUGAAGCCUGAGCUGUGGCGCUCCUGAUCUAUAAUGGCUAAGGGAAGGAGAUGUUUGUACUUAUUCAGCAAGUCAGUCGCUCCCACCCUGUUCAUGUGUCGCUUAUGGUGAAAUCAUCUCCUUAACUUGACCAAACUUUGCUGGAUCUUUCACCAGAAGAAAGGUACAUUCUCAUACUCAAAUCUGUGAUAUUUAAGAAAGAACACACAACAAACAAAAUCAAGGAAGCUUUCAAGUUGCCUUUUGCAAAUAGGGAAUUGGUAAAAUAGGGAAAAAAAGUAUUGCCUUGCAGUUCAUUUUUUUUUUAAACUGGAUAGUCUCAUUAGACUGACAUGCAUUCAGUUUUAUGAAUGAGUUCUGAAUUGUUCUAAACUUUUGGUUGAUGAUUUUUUCUGUCAUACCAGUGUUUAGUGCCUGUAUUUGACUUACUAAGUUAGUCCUAUCUGCUGUGUUACAACAUUUGUCUUUUUUUCUUUUACAGAUCUUAGAUACAUAUACUAAUGUGAAAACUUAAACUGUAUGCUGUUACAUAACAACAUUUGCUAUGUUCAUUUUGAAAAACAAUUCUUUUAUAUCUUGAACAACAUAGACAUAGAAGUCUUAUAUACUCUGGUUCUGUGAUACAGUAAAACAGUAACUGCGUGUGUUUGGAUAGCUGUGUUUGUACUUUGUCAAAGGUCAUUUCAGUUUCAUUGUAAGUAUUGAAAGCUCUGUAAUGCAGAAUCUUUAUCCAGUACCUGUCUUUGACUGGUAUAUGUUUCUUUCAUUUAAUGUGAUAUGAAUAAAGAGUCAAUUCAGUUUCUAUUACAAGAUAAUGGUACUUACAUUAGAUUCUCUCCAAUUAGCAAAAAGCAGUAGUUCUUAAUCUUGUCUGUAUCACGAGGGUACACUUUCCUUCAAAUUUCGGAAGUGCUGCUGUGAAGUUCUUGAUGAGUCCAGAAGUGUGACACUUGUGCUCCAUAGCUUGGCUGUUUUGAAAAUAAAAAACAACAAUUUUUCAUGUCGAUUAA